CAAACUUACGCCAUUUUGUAAUUCUGAACAUGUUGAUCCGUAUUUGAAGAUGAUUUUCCUAACGCAAAUAAUUAAUUUAAGUGUAGUGCAUUAAUUUAUUAAUUAGGCAAUAACAAAACAAAACAACAAAAUGGAUACGCCCGAAGUUAAAGCGUUCAACGCGGAGUUGUCCGGGUUGUACGAAAACAAGCCGCCUAUAUCCAAGGCGAAGAUGAGUGCUAUCACGCGAGGUGCAAUAAAGGCCAUAAAGUUCUACAAGCACGUAGUCCACAGUGUCGAAAAGUUCAUUCAAAAGUGCAAGCCCGAGUACAAAGUGCCUGGUUUAUACGUGAUAGACUCAAUAGUGAGGCAGUCGCGACAUCAGUUCGGGCAGGAGAAGGAUGUCUUUGCGCCUAGGUUCGCUAAGAACAUGCAGCAAACCUUCGCGAAUCUGUUCAGAUGUCCUGAUGGUGAUAAGCGCAACAUAAUCCGUGUUCUGAACCUGUGGCAGAAGAACCAUGUGUUCAGCCCGGACGUCAUCCAGCCGCUGCUAGACCUGGCCGACCCCUCCCACCCGCUGCACCAGGAGAUACAGCAGCUCAACAACACUGCCAAUGGAAGUAGCCUUAAUAUCUCCCACAACACAUCAGACAAUAAAAUGUCACCCAUGCCGCGUCAGGACUCCCCACAUCAAUCCUCACCCAUGAUGGGGGGUGACCAGUUCCAGGACGACUCGUCAGGGCCGCAACCAGCGAAGUUCAACCGCAAGCUGCUGAACGACUUUGAGUACGAGAGCGAGGACGACGCCGCGCCCGAGCCCCACAACAACGCGCCACACCACUCGGGGCACACUUCCAACAAUACCACUGAUGCACUUGGCAGUAUAUUAACAAAUCCAGAAAUCAUGAGGCAGUUGCAGAGCUUGCAGGCGCAAAUGCAACUCAUGACUGGAAUGAAUCUACCGAAUCUGAUGCACCUUCAACAAAUGUCAGACAUGCAAAUGCAGCAGCAACAGAACCAAAAUCAAAACCUACCAUUUUUAAAUUCUCAACAAGAGCCGCCUAAGCAACAGAAUGAGCCAAAAGACGACAUGGCCAAUGAAUCGGACAUAGAGUUUGUUGAGACCGGCCCACAAGUGAUAGAGAUACCUGAUGCUAAUGACUCAAGAAGUCCGUCCCCAAAGUCUAGAAGGCACAGAUCGAGAUCAAAAUCCCCGCGACGGAGACGGAGAGGCUCGCGCUCUCGCUCUCGCUCUCCGCGGAGACGGCGGGACAGAGACAGAGACAAAGACAGAGAUAGAGACAGAGAAAAAAGCUAUAAGGAGCGAGAAGCAGAAAAGGAAAAACAAAGAGAAAGGGAAAAGAAAGGACUACCUCCCAUCAAAAAAGAAAACCUUAGUGUAUGUAGUACAACCCUAUGGGUGGGCCACCUGUCCAAGCUGGCCACUCAAGAGGAGCUGUCAGACCUGUUCGGCGCAUUCGGCGGUGUUGUGUCGAUCGACGUGGUGGCGCCGCGCGGCUGCGCCUUCGUGGUGAUGGAGCGGCGGCGCGACGCGGCCAAGGCGCUCGCCAAGCUCAACAAGCACAAGCUGCACUCCAAGGAGAUCACUGUAGCGUGGGCGGCGGGCAAGGGAGUGAAGGGUCGGGAGUGGAAGGACUACUGGGAGGCCGACCUCGGCGUGGCCUACUUGCCGUGGCCGGCGCUGCACGCGCGCUGGCUGCUGGGCGCGCUCUCCUUGGACGCCCUGGAGGACGGCGGCGCGGUCGACGAGGAGACGCUGCCGCCGUGGUUACCGCCUAGGAUAAUACCCAAGACGAUACCAGACGGCAUGCCCAUGAUGCCGGGCAUGCCACCUGUAUCGGCGGCGGGCAUGAUGGCGGGCCCCCUGCCCGGCAUGCCGGGGGGCAUGCCGCCGAGCAUGCCGCUGCCCGGUAGCAUGCCUGUACCACCCGCGACUAUACCCAUGCCCAUGCCUAGGAUGCCUCCACCAGGCAUGGGCGGCGGCUUGCCUCCAGCGCUGGCGGCGGGCGUGCCUCCCAUCAGAGCGCCGGUGCCAGGUCUACAGAGAGACGCGACGCUGCCGCCCACGGGCCCACUGCUAGGCUUCCCGCCCGGCAUGCCGCCACAGUCGCUACCACAGCCAGGCAGCGUGGCGGGUAUGGUGGGCGGCGUGGGCGGGUUCCUUGGCGGGCUGAUGGGCGUGGGCGUCAACGUGGGCGGGCUCGUGUUGCCAUUACACGCUCAGCACGCGGCGCACGCGCAACUCGCGCACGCGCCGCACCCGCUGGCCCAACCUGCAAGGCCGCCGCAACACGCUGUGCCAACGCGCGAAGCAGACGACGCUAUGGAGCUGGACAACUCCGAGCACGGGGACGAACCCGCCAGCCUGCCCAACCCGCCGCCGCUCUCCAUGGAUCAGAUCCAAGCGCUACUCUCAAAACCGCCUCCCGCAUUCAACUCAUCCGAACCCCCGCCCGGUUUCAACCCUCAAGACAAUCAACCAACCUUCGACGCCACGCAACCACCUCCCGACGACAAACGAGACGAAGACCGACGAGACAGAGACAAAGAUAGGCGAGACCGCGACAGAGACAGGGAUAGAGACAGGGACAGGCGGGAUAGAGACGGGCGCGGACGGGACACUCGAGACCGAAGUGACAAUCGGGAUCGGGGUGACAAUCGGGAUCGAGGGGACAGCAGGGAACAAAGAGAUAACCGAGAUCGAGGGGACAGUAGAGAACAAAGGGAUAACCGAGACCGAGGGGACAGUAGAGAACAAAGGGAUAAUCGAGAUCGAGGAGAAGUUCGGGAUCGAGGGGAGAACCGAGAUCGAGAUAGAAGAGACAGAAAUGACAGAACUCGGGAUAGAGAUAGGGAGAGAGACGAUCGUAGAGGUGGCAGGGAAGACCGGGAGCGUGGCGACCGGCCAGAACGUGGAGACCGGCCCGAACGCGGGGACCGGCCAGAACGCGGGGACCGAUCAGAACGCGGCGACCGGCCAGAACGUGGCGACCGAAGUGACCGAAGCGCCGGCAGGGACCGGCGGGACCGAGAUCGGGACCGGGACCGGGACGCCUCAAGCAGAUUUAGCUCGCGGGACGGCAACCGAGAAAAGAGUCGUGAGAAGUCACCACGCAACACGACCAACGACUCCAAUCCUGAGAAGAGUCUGCAGGAGCGACUGUGGGAGAUGGCCAACGGCAAAACAGGCGACGACGUGAGAAACGAGGAGUUACCAGCCGACAGCGACUCGAGGGACAGUCGGGAACGAGCGCCGCAGCUGGACCGGCCCACGACAGCCGACGAGGGAGACAACAUGAAUAGCAAUAACGAAGGUAGUGAAGAGAGUGGAGGUUGGACCGCCAUCCCACCGCCGCGCACCAACCAGCCGCCUGCCUUCAGAGCUGAAUUAAGAAUGAGAGGUCCGCCCGCUAGGCAUCCCAUGAGAGGACCAUGGAUGGACAUGUCCGGGCCGACGCCCUUUGGCCCUAGGUUCAAUGGAAUGGGCCCUCCGCCCUUUAACCGGCCACCGUUCGAGAGGCCUCCGUUCGAAGGAGGCCCACCGAUGUUUGACAGACCGCCGUUCAAUCGCGUGCCUUUCGAUGGCAACCGACCGCCAUUCGAUGGCCCGCGGCCGCCAUUUGAUGGCCCGCGGCCUCCGUUUGACGGGCCUAGACCACCUUUCGAUGGUCCCAGACCGUUUGAUGGACCGAGACCUCCAUUCGAUGGACCGCGGCCUCCAUUCGAUGGACCGAGGCCCCCCUUCGACGGACCGAGGCCCCCAUUCGAUGGUCCGCGACCUCCAUUCGAUGGUUCGCGACCUCAAUUCGACGGUCCCAGGAUGCCGUUCGAUGGUCCCCGCCCUCCUUUCGACGGGCCGAGACCGCCGUUUGACGGCCCGAGGCCACCUUUCGAUGGCAUGCGACCACCGUUCGAUGGACCUAGACCGCCCUUCGAUGGCCCCCGACCACCGUUUGACGGCCCUCGACCUCCAUUUGACGGUCCUCGACCUCCUUUCGACGGUCCCAGACAGUUUGACGGCUUCGAUGGAGACAGGUCUUUUGAUGGACCAAGAUUUGACGGCCCACCUGAAUUUUUCGAUAGAGGAAACAGAAGAUUUGACGAUAGGGAACAGUUCAAUGACAGAGGUUGGAACGGAGAUAGAGAGAGGGAUUGGGACAGGAGAAAUGAAUGGGACGAUAGAAGGAAAGAUCGGAGAGGAGGAAGGGAUAAUGAGGACAGAUACAAUAGAGAUCGCAAUGACAGGGAUCGCAAUGAUAGAGAUCGCAAUGAUAGAGAACGCAAUGACAGAGAUCGCAAUGACAGAGAUCGCAAUGACAGAGACCGAAGUGACAGGCGAAGGACAUUUGACGACAGAGCGAGACCGCCCAGAGAGGAACAACAAGAGAGAAACUCCAGGAGAGACAAGGAUAGAAAAUCCAGGUGGGGCGCUGCGGACGAAAGUCAGAGCGAAGAAAACAAACCCGAGGAGCAAACUAGUGAUACCAUCCAAGCAGAAACCAAUGAAGCUAAUCCUAGUCAAGAUGAACAAAGUGCACUAGAGGGCAAUGUUAGUGAAGUGCUCAGUGAACCACAAGAAUCCAUCGCUGACGAUAGUACCAAUCAAUACGAACCCGAUUUAAAUGAACCAGAUACAAAUGAACCGAGCUAUGAUGAUCAAAGUGAGGGAUACGAAUCUAAAGAUAAUGAACCGUCAUCUGACGCCAUGGAAACUGAUCAGAGUGCGAUGGAUUUGUACGAUGCAAAUGAAGCGGUCGAUACAAGCUUCGCGAUAGCUCCGCAAAACGAGACACCUCCAGAAAUAGAUAACACGAAUAAUGAAAACGACACAUCGCUCACAACGGAGUCAGACGACAUAUUCAGUCAAGAAUCAGAGACUAAAGAACCCCCUGAAAAAACUAGUGAAAACACAGAGGGUGUGGCUUGACAAAGGCAGAAGUGGCAAACUGGCUACUUCCAGUGGAAAUGAUUCGGGUGACGCGUACGUGCGCGCGCCGAGGACCCAUGCAAAUUUGGGACGGCGCGCAACUCGCGGCUACGCGCUUUUAUUCGGUGACGACGCGCGUAUUGUCCGUUUCACGAGGUGCCUAUGACGUUUCUGAUAUCGUUAUUAAGUUUUUUUACGAAUAUGGUAUAACGUUAUAAACUUAUAACGUUAACGUUAUUAUUUUAUAACGUCAAUGUUAUAAGUUUAUAACGUUAGUUUAGUUUUAGUUUAUAGCGUUUUUGUUAACGUUGUAACGUUAUUUUAAGUAGGGUUUUAAUGAAUUAAUCAUAAUGCAGUUUUUACUACGAUUUUUACAAAUAAUUAUUUAUUUCGUUUGAAUAAUCUAAUUAAUAUUUUUCCUUCAUUUUAAAUAAUUUUUUUAUAGGUAAUGAUGAUUAAUAUAAUAAAUUUUGACAUCCAAUUUAAUCAAUCAAUAUAUCUAAAUAUUUUUUCUAUAAAGUUCUAAGAACAACGAUCCAGCAAUGUUUUUCCACUCUUACUGAGGAAAAAUUAUGAAAUUUUUUAUUAAGAUUUUUAAAAACCUUAAUCUAAGAUGACAGUUGCGAGAGACAGCUAGUCUUUCCGGAUAAAUACUAGCUGACUUCGUCCCGUGGUAACUCUGAUUAUCCGGGAUAAAAAGUAGCCUUUCUCACUUUCCAGGUCUUUAGUUUCACCUAUGCAAAAAUCACAUUGAUCAGUUGCGACGUGAUUGAAGGACAAGCCGAUAAAAAACAUUUACGUGAAAUUUACAAUAUGGGUAGUGAUAUACGUCACAGGCACCAUCGGUCAAAUCGGUACGCCUAGCCGCGGGUCCCGCGCCCGCCGUUAUAACGCCAAAGAUUAAUUUUAUAUACAAAAAAAGUUGAAAUAUACGAGUGCCUUACUGGUAUA